AUGGGGCGAGGCAGGAGUGCAGUAGUGCCAGCUUGCUUUGAGGUUGUUCAGAAAAAUUCUCACCUGAGACAUGUGGAAAAAGACGUUUUGAUUCCACAAAUAAUGCGGGAGCGAGCCAAGGAGCGGUGUUCAGAUAAAGUGCAAGCAUUUACUAAAUGCUGUCAAGAAACUGGUCUUCUUAUGGUGGUGAAGUGUCGGCAAGAGAACACGGCACUGAAAGACUGUCUGGUUGGCUACUAUUCUGAUCCAGCGUUCUAUGAAGAAUGCAAAACAGAAUAUUUGAAGCAAAGAGAAGAAUACAGAGCAACUGGAAUUAAGAAGAAAAAACAGAAGGUUACUUCAAAUGUGUAG